UAAUGUUUUUUUAUAUUAUGAGAUAACGAUUCCAAUACAAUCAAAAUAUACAGUCGAUGAAACGUGCCACUGAAAAAAAUAUGGCUAUAACAGCAUAUGCUGCUAGGAGUAUAUUCAACGUAUCGUUUGGUAGCAAACUUCGUUAUUUCUCUACAGCCAACAGUGAAUUAUCUAGGCGAAGAGUUGUCAUAACUGGCAUCGGCGCAGUUUCCCCUUUAGCGAAUAAUGUAUCGGAAGCUUGGUCACGUCUCUUAGCUGGGGAGUCAGCCAUUUCAAGGUUAAGUGAUCAAUACAAAGGACUGCCAUGCCAAGUAGCAGCGCAAGUUGCGCGGGAUCAACUACAAAUCGAAAAGCAUUUUACCAAAAGUGAUUUGAAGAUUAUGAGCGCAGCCACACAACUGUCCAUUAUAGCAGCGGAGGAAGCACUCUCAAAUGCCAAAUUACAGCCAAGUGAGUUAACAACCGAAGAACGGGAACGAUUUGGUGUAUGCGUUGGUAUGGGUAUGUUUGACUUAACGGAAGUGUAUGGCGCUUGGCAACAGCUACAGCGAGGAUACAAUCGUGUAAGUCCAUUUUUUGUUCCUCGUUUGCUACCCAAUAUGGCAUGUGGCCAUAUAAGUAUGCGAUAUGGGUUACGCGGUCCUAAUCACUCAGUAUCAACAGCAUGCGCUACAGGUGCACAUGCCAUUGGUGAUGCCUUGCGUUUCAUACGUAAUGGGGACGCAGACGCAAUGCUGGCUGGCAGUGGCGAAUCAUGCAUUGAUCCACUAUCAAUUGCUGGGUUUUGCCGACUGCGUGCACUUAGCACAAUACACAACGAUACACCAUUGACUUCAUCACGUCCUUUUGAUAAACAGCGUGACGGUUUUGUCAUGGGUGAAGGUGCGGCAGUACUGGUACUCGAAGAGCUGGAGCAUGCACGUAAACGUGGUGCACCCAUAUUGGCAGAGCUUCUAGGUUACGGAUUAUCUGGUGAUGCCUAUCACAUAACUUCACCCAGCGAGGAUGGCACUGGUGCCACGUUAGCAAUGCAACGUGCAAUAGCUGAUGCAAGAGUGCUACCAACAGACAUUACCUAUGUAAAUGCUCAUGCGACAUCAACACCUACAGGUGAUCGCAUUGAAGCCCAUGCUAUAGAACGCGUCUUCGGCGAACAUGCAUCACGUGUACGUGUAUCCUCGACGAAAGGUGCUCAUGGACAUUUGUUGGGUGCGUCGGGUAACUUGGAAGCAGUUUUUGUGGUGCAAGCCUGUGCGGAAAACCAACUUCCUCCAUCUAUUAAUAUUGAGAACUUAGAUGAGAACAUUAAUGUAUCCAUAGUACAAAAUAAAUCAGAACCGUGGUGCAAUGAUGCAAAGGCACCAAGAAUUGCGUUGAAGAAUUCCUUCGGGUUUGGUGGCACAAACGCUUCACUUUGCAUUGCCAAUUAUUGUGAAUAAAUUCCAUGAGUGGAGUGUUGCAUUUCGAUAUUUUGUUAUAACUUGAGCGUGCUUUUGCAAAGCAAUAAUUAUUUUCUAGUUAUCUACAUACAUAAAUUGCUUACGAUGAGUAUAUAUGUACAUACAUAUGUAAGUAGAAAAUGUCAAUGUGGUAUAGAAAUUUUAUAUUCUAUAUAAGAAUGAACGGUUGGAAGCAUUGAUUAAAAAAGACCAGCGUUUAAAAGAAUGAAUAAAGAAAUAUAACUAUUUA